UCUCUUCGGGGUAGCGGGGGGCGCUGGAGCCUAUCUCAGCUACAAUAGGGCUACUUCAUGUAUUUUUUUAAUAUAGUAUCUUUAGAAUGUGCCACAGGUUGUUAAAAAUAGCUGCUGACACUUUGUCGAUACUGAAAAUUCCGAUACCAACUAAAUACAGUACUGUACAAGGCCAGUAUUGCCGUGUAAACACCAAUACCGAUCUAUUUUUGCAUGCAAAUUAAGUUUAGAAUUAUUUUGCCUUCAAUUUGUUGAUCGUGAGUACGAUCAAAAUAAAACACGGAAAUAAAACAAUAUUAUGUCAACGCGCUUAUUUAAUAAAUACGAUACUACAAGCCAUAUAAUGAUAUCAACAAACUAUUCACAUUACAUUAUUGUAUACAAUUGUUUGAGCAGAAUAAAGUCAAUGUUGCAAAAUAAAUAGUUUACAACUAAAUCAAAACAUGUUUUGAUUGACCCGAUACCGAUACUACCUCCGUAUCGAUAUUUGGAUGUGCCCACUUCCAUUCACCACAACAACAAGGAAUGAUUAAGCUAGCAGGCUAACACGCGGCCAGGGUACUCUGCCGGGAAGUCCCCUCUUCAGACAGCCGGAAAACGGACGAAAUACUUGGAUCAGGACCGAGCAAAGAGACGCUGCUCCCCGGCCCGUAACCUGCGUGGAUGGGAAGCAGCUAGCUGGUGUUGAGCCGAAGAAGGAAGCAGGCGACGGGGCGUUAAAAUGGAGGAUGAGGAGGUCGCAGAGAGCUGGGAGGAAGCCGCAGACAGCGGGGAAAUAGAGAGAAGACUUGAAGCACGACUGAAAAAAAAUCAGGAGGCAAAGAAGGCCAGUUCAAGUUCACCAGUGAGAACUGCCAUUGUAAUCCAGGACGUAUCUCUUCCUUCAGUACCGCCGACGCAAAUUCGAAUUUUAAAGCGUCCGUCAAACAACGGUACUGCAGGGAUUGCCGCCUCCUCAACUCGGCCUUCCCAGCAGAUGAAGUCUUUGGCGCAGCGUGAGGCGGAAUAUGCAGAAGCCCGGCGGAGGAUUCUGGGUAGUGCGUCAUCAGAGGAUACCCCUCCGGACAAUCCAUGCCAAGACAGGUCAGUGCGUAUGACUGCCCAGCAAGCGUCGGACCCAGUUCGUCCCAACGAUCACGUGAUCCGCCAGCCAACCGGGCCUGACGGUAGCUCAGGCUUCCGACUUUGCAGAUAAAAGGGAUCUGCUUGCUUUUUAAGGGUUCAAACCAAGAGCAUUAAAAAAAGGGGGUGUGCGGUAUCAAGAGCAGAGUGGCGCAGUAACAUUUGAAACAUGAAGAUAUACACAACAAACUUGUUCACCCGCUCUAUGCUCAGCUGGCUUGGUCUUUGCCGUCUGCCUUGUCUUAUCCCUCCAUGGAACGAUGAGUGCCGCAUCCCCCACAGCCUGUUCCACACUGUGAAGGAGGCUUUUGGCCUAACGUCCCAAAACACUGUGAUACUUUGCUAUACCACGAGGUGCCCUUUGAAUCUUACUCUUGUUGAGAGGCGAGUGCGCCGGGCAUCAGGUGCCAGUCCCUUCAAGGCGAAUAAGUGAGUCAGGGAUCGUCCCCAGAGAAAACAGGAGCCGGGCUUCCCGCUGAACACGUAAGUUAAAAGGGGAGUCGGCCGAGGCUGCGCGCCCUCCUGUAAGGCGGCGGUAUUUGGAUUGAGUAACUUGAGUGUAAGGCGAUAGACGGAAAGUCAUCCUGUUGUCCCCUUUUGAGGCGUCACAGGUCCAAACUGGGCCUAAUGGGCACAGGCAGCUGGCCAUCUGUCACUGCAGCCUGUGGCUAAAGAUAAAAGUUCAGAAGAAUAGCGUUUCAUUAAUAUUCAAGCAAUAACAAAUGUACAUCUCCCUCCUUUUUUUAAUUGCCCCAUUUUCUGUGUUGAAAUCUGGGUUUUUGUUUCUUUUAUAUUGUCAAAAGGUUUGUAUUUUUUGUCUUUAAGAGGAAGGUUAAAGUGAAACUAGUCAAUUUGUUAGCAAAUUAACACUAAAUUAUGUAGCGUGCAUUUCAACCGGGGAAUUAAUGUGUCUGACUUGAAAAUUAUUUUAAAGUCCAAUUGCGGAACUGAAGUGCAUUGUCUUUGCUUUAUCAGCAUAAAGUUGUCAUUCGUUCUUUUCUUUUUCUUUUAAUGACAAUAUGCCAGGGCUGGUGAAUGAAUAAAAAAGUGACGUGUUGCCUAAGCCAGGGGUUCUUAACCUUUUUGACCUCUGGGCCCAACUUUUCCACUGCAGAGGGGCCUAGCACCCUCUCAAAUAUUAACACUGAAUUAUUAAUCUUACUCUUGAUUUUAAUCGUAUUCAAUAACUAUAGUUAAACUACUUACAGUUAAACAAGAUAUACAUUGUCAAAUGAAGGCUAUGUCAGGCUGAUUACGAAAAUAAAUACAAAUGUAAUAUACCGCGAAAGAAAGCACUCAUUAAAAGGGAUGCAUUUUUUUUUACAUACAAUUAUUUUGUGCUAAAAUAAAUAUAUCCAUCCAUUUACUACUGCUUGUCCGCUUGGGGGUGGCUGGAACCUAUUCCAGCUGCAUUCGGGCAGAAGGCAGGGUACACUCUGGACUAGUCGCCACCUCAUCACAGGGCCAACACAGAUAGACAACAUUCACACUUACAUUCACACACAAGAGCCAAUUCAGUGUUGCUAAUCAACCUAUCUCAAGGUGGAUGUCUUUGGAGGUGGGAGGAAGCCAGAGUACCCGAAGGGAACACAUACAGUCAUAGGGAGAACUCCACACAGAAAGACCACGAGCAUCCAUCCAUCCAUUUUCUACAGCUUGUCCCUUUUGGGGUCGCGAGGGGUGCUGGAGCCUAUCUCAGCUGCAUUCGGGCUGUAGGCGGGGUACACCCUGGACAAGUCGCCACCUCAUCGCAGGGCCAACACAAAUAGACAACAUUCACACACUAGGGCCAAUUUAGUGUUGCCAAUCAACCUAUCUCAAGGUGGCUGUCUUUGGAGGUGGGAGGAAGCCUGAGUACCAGGAGGGAACACGCACAGUCAUAGGAAGAACUCCACCCCGAGCAUGUGUUUCUUAAAUAAGCUGUCAAUAAAAUUAAGAGUGCAAAUGAAAAUACAACUUCACCACUUUAGUCAUAAUUUUUUUGAAUUGUAUUUAUUUAUUUAUUUUGGUCUUAAGAAACUUCUUUAACUCCAGACUUCUGUUUGUUAGAUAUUGUCAUUACUGCCACAAGUUGUGGAAAAGUGUAUUACAAGUGAGUACCGCUACAGCUGAACAACAUAUUUUUUGGCGGCCCCCUAGUAGUGAUUCUCAAACUUUUCUCAACUAAAUAAAUACUAAACACUGUUACUGUUCAAACUGUGCGAUGUUACAGUGGCCAACAUUAUUAAAUAUACUUGUCAAUGUUUGCUACUAUAUUUUAAUGUUGGUCAUUAUGGUGGUACUUGGAGAGCCAGUGUUUUCUGAUGUGGUGCUUGGUGAAAAAAGUUUGAGAACCACUACUCUAGGGGGUGCUUUCGGCCCAACAAUGGGCCCUAUGGUUAAGAAACACUGGCUUAAGCAACCCAAAAAAAAAAGGAUAUAAUAUAGGAAACAAGUAUCUUUGUUUUGUAGCUUUGGGAAUAUUGUCCAAUCUAACUCUGGUGUUUUGUUAAAUAUAUACACAAUAUCACACUGUUGUCUAAUUUCCAGGACCCAAACACAAGUUUAUGAAUCUUCCAAAUCAGUGUUCUCAUCAGCCUGUCAUUCAGCCUGAAAUAAAAUGAUGCAGUGAUUUCUUAUACAUUUUUUUCUUACUUUUGACCCACAUUUGCCUUAAGUCUCAAAGGACAUGUGGUAAUGCUAUUGUUACUAAUGAAAGUGUUUUUCAAAGCCACACAAAUGUUUUUUUUUAAGAAGCACAUAUGGAAAUAUUACUUUAAACUAAAAGUGUUUUAAAGAAAUAGAGUACACACUCGAAGAGCGCAGACUUACACAAGUGCAAUGAGCAGGCAACACGCCUCCUCACAAUACAGCAUUGACUACAUGAUGUCGAUGAUCCAGGUCACCCCCAAAAUGUAAUCAUUUGUUAUUUUGGACAUUUCCUAAAACUCAUCACAAUCCGCCCUAUACGUUAUGUUGCUUGAUAACAAACAAUAAAACUAUAGCUACUGUACAAAACCCAAAACCAGUGAAGUUGGCAUGUUGUGUAAAUCGUAAAUAAAAACAUAAUACAAUGAUUUGCAAAUCCUAGACUGCAGGCAGGCCAGUCUAGUAUCAGCACUCUUACUACGAAGCCACGCUGUUGUAACACGUGACUUGGCAUUGUCUUGCUGAAAUAAGCAGGGGCGUCCAUGAUACCGUUGCUUGGAUGGUAACUCCAAAACCUGUAUGUACCUUUCAGCAUUAAUGGUGCCUUCACAGAUGUGUAAGUUGCACAUACCUUGGGCACUAAUUGCAGGCAUCAAAUUCCAAAUGAGCUAAUAUUUGCAAAAAAUAAAGUUUUCCAGUUCGAACGUUAAGUAUCUGGUCUUUGCAGUCUAUUCAAUUGAAUAUAAGUUGAAAAGGAUUAGCAAAUCAUUGUAUUCUGUUUUUAAUUUACCAUUUACAAAACGUGCCGACUUCACUGGUUUUGGGUUUUGUAUAGCCUCCUGGAGGAGGUAAUUAAAUUGCAGUAAAAUCAGCCUUAGAGAGUCUGUACCCAGAGCCACCGCUCCCAAUAUUUUGCAGGAAGAGGCAUGUAAAAUGUUGAAUACACAGGGAGCUUCAUAUUUCUGCAAUUUUUCAUCGCUCCUUUCUGCUCCAUCACUGAUAACGAUGUAAUAGCAAAUUUCCGUAGGUACUGUCAAUGUCUCCCAUGGUGCGCUGUGUUAAUGCGCUGGUCUUGUGUAAAGAUGUACUGGGUUUGAAGCUCUGAAUAAAAUUAUGCUAAGGACCCAAAUGUAUCCAUGUGCGGCCCUGCUAGCAGCUCUGAUAAAUUGUCCAGUUUGUCAGUCACAAUCAUACCCUGUUUAUUUUUAGUUAUUUCUACACGAAUGAGACCAAAUUUUAAAGUACAUAAACAGUACAGUUUUCCCACAAAUGAUUGGUAGAUAAUUUUUUCGGUAUCUUGUAUUUUAACUAGACACCACCACCCCACCCCUCCAUGCAUGGUUCUUAGCUGGCAGUGACACACAAACCUGAGAAAAAGUUAUAGCAUAUACUACGGAAGCUCUAUUGCUAUGGAAAAAACUCAGGGUAGCAUAUUCAUGACAAAAUCUUGCAUGUAAACACGUUCAUCUUUGAAUAGGAGCACUAAUAAUACAAUGCAAGGACGCAGAAUUAAGUAAAUAAACUUCAAUUAUUAAGAAUGUCAACUUCACAUGAAUAUGUGUAACUAUUUGAUCUGCUCAUGAUGCUCAGUUUUCUUCCAUCUCAGACAGUAGUUUGAUGUCAUAAUUACAAUCAUGGAGAAGCUGAUAGAAUUCCCUUUAAUAAAACUACCAUGAAAUGACAUGUUAUCUUUUUCAACUUGUGAAAUAAACAUUUUAUGAGAAACGUCUGCACCAUUAAAAUCAUACAUUGGCAAGUGA